AUGGCACAAGGAUUGCCAGUUUUUCCAUCAUUUGGUGUAAGUGAACCUGGUGUUGACACAAGAUGGAGGAAGUGGACAGGUCGAUUCGAAAACUUAAUGAUUGGCAUGGACAUUAAAGAUAAAAAACGUCAGAGAGCCUUAUUUCUACACUAUGCAGGGGAAGAGGUAAAUGACAUUUUCGACGUACUGCAGAAUACAGGGGAUGACUACGAAUCAGCAAAGAUAAAGCUAACAGAGUACUUUGCCCCCAAGAAAAACACAGAAUUUGAGAUAUAUAAAUUUAGACAGGCAAAACAGGAAUCUAAUGAAAACAUUGAUAGUUUUCACACACGUUUAAGACACUUAAGUAUAAACUGUGAAUUUUCGGAAACAGACAAAGAAAUUAAGUCACAAAUCAUUCAAGGCUGCACCUCAACUCGACUGCGUCGCAAAGCACUACGCGAUGACCUGACAUUAGACAGUCUCAUCAAAGAAGCAAGGACACUAGAACUAUCAGAUCAACAAGCAUCUGAAAUUGAAGGUCAAACAAAAUAUGACGCCGUUAAUGCUAUGAAAUCACGAAAAAGACAAAAUCAAAAGGCGCAAAAAGAAAGACGCAGACACAUCAUUAAGGAAUCAAUAUGCAGAUACUGUGGCUAUGAAUAUCCACACAAAUCAGGAAAAUGCCCAGCCAGUGGAAAAACAUGUACAUAUUGCUCAAAGAAAAAUCAUUUUGAAGCAGUGUGCUUGUCAAAGAAACGGGACAAUAACUUCACAUGCCAGCUUAAUGACAGCUCACAAAGUGAAAGUGAUAAGGACAAAGAAAGUGAAGAUGAAAACGAAAUAUAUGGACUAUCUGUCAAUUCUAUGCAAUUACAAAGACCAAGGCUGAAAGUGCAUAUCAACGGCUGUAAAAUUAAAGCAUUAAUUGAUACAGGAUCAUCAAUAAAUGUAAUUGACGAAAACACGUACUCAAAGCUUCAAAAUAAAGUUCAUCUUAAGAGAGCACACACCAAAGUCUAUGCAUAUGGUGCUAGUAAAGUUACCUUAUUAGGCAAGUUCCAAGCACAAAUUGAAUCUAAAAACAAAAUAACAACAGCUCCAGUAUAUGUGACAAAGGGCGCCAGCGGUAAUCUUCUCUCUUAUCAGACAUCUGUUGACCUCAAUAUCAUUCCAGAAAUAAACACAGUCACAGACAGCAAGGUCGAUGAACUCUGCAAAAAGUACCAAACCGUGUUCACAGGCAUGGGGAAAAUGAAAGCAACAAAAGUCAAACUAUAUGUGGAUAAAAAUGUUCAACCUGUUACGCAACCACAUAGACGAAUACCUUUCCACUUAAGAAAACAAGUUGAAAAUGAGCUUCAGAGGCUUGAGGACCUAGAUAUCAUUGAAAAAGUUGAGGGUCCCACAGACUGGGUAUCACCCAUUGUAGUAGCUCCAAAGCCAAAAACUAACCAAAUAAGGAUAUGUGUCGACAUGAGGCUACCGAAUCAAGCCAUAAAGCGUACAAGACAUAUUAUUCCAACAAUUGAUGACAUGAUUGUGGACUUAAGUGGUGCCAAAGUUUUCUCUAAACUCGAUUUAAAUCAUGGAUAUCACCAAUUAGAACUGUCAGAGGAAUCACGCAACAUUACAACAUUUACAACACAUGUUGGAUUAAGACGAUAUAAACGCCUCAGUUUCGGAAUCAAUAGUGCAGCAGAAAUAUUCCAAAAUGCUUUAAGUACGGCUCUAGAAGGUCUGAACGGCGUGAGAAACAUUUCCGAUGAUGUCAUUAUAUGGGCUGGCGACCAAGCAGAACAUGACAGAAGACUUGAGGCAGUGUUAAAGCGACUUGAGCAGAAAAACUUAACUUUGAAUAAAAGCAAAUGUGAGUUUAAUAAGCAAAAACUUGAAUUCUUUGGGUACAUUUUCAGUAAAGAUGGAAUGUCAGCAGACCCUAAGAAAAUUGACACAAUUAAAAAGACACAGCCUCCAAAAACAGUUUCAGAAGUCAGAAGUUUCCUAGCAAUGACAAAUUACGUGUCACGCUUUAUCCCAAAUUACAGCACUAUAGCAGAGCCAAUACGUCGUCUGAUAAAGAAAAACGCAAAAUGGGCAUGGCAAAAUGAACAAGACGAAGCAUUCAACAAACUGAAAUCUAUUUUGAGUAGUGAUACAGUCAUGACAUACUUUGAUCCUAAUAAGGAAACACAAAUAAUCACAGAUGCAUCUCCAGUCGGAGUAGCUUCAAUUAUGCUCCAAGAAGGUAAAGUUGUGUGUUAUGCAAGCAGAUCACUGACAGAUGUUGAACGAAGCUCUUACAGUCAACAAGAGAAAGAAAACUUAGCAUUAGUUUGGUCAUUAGAACAUUGGCACAUAUACUUAUUUGGACAUAAAUUCACAGUCAUAACUGAUGCAAAAUUUCUUGAGAAUAUCUACAAUAAUCCUAAAUCAAAACUUGGAUCUGCAAGACUGGAACGUUGGAGAAUGCGUCUGUUAUCAUAUGACUUCAGGAUCGUGCACAAACCUGGAGAGUCAAACAUGUCAGAUUAUCUAAGCAGACAUCCAGACACAGGACAAGGCAGCAAAUCAAGCAUAGCUGAAGAAUAUGUAAGUUUUCUUGCAUAUCAUGAUGUACCUGUUGCAAUGAACAUGAAUGAAAUUAUUCAGGCAACUUCUACGGACAAUGACCUCCAAAUGGCCAUUAAAUCCAUAAAGACGGGUUGUUGGAGCAACACCAAUAAAAAUAAAGUAUUUGAUACGUUCUCUCGCUGUAAGAAUGAAUUAUCGGUAGUAAAUCUCCAGGGAGGUGAAAUCUUACUGCAUGAAUCAAGAAUUGUUAUUCCUAAGCAGUUGCAAGAUAAAGCGAUAUCAUUAGCUCAUGAAGGUCAUCAGGGAAUUGUUAAAACCAAACAACUGUUAAGAGAGAAAGUGUACUUCCCAGGCAUGGAUCAACAAGUUGAAAAUAUGUGCAAAGGCUGCAUUCCGUGCUUAGCAGCAACAAAUUCAAAACAGCAUGAACCUUUAAACAUGAGUGAUAUGCCAAAAUACCCAUUUCAAAUGAUUAGUUUGGAUUUUUGUGGCCCAUUUCCAGAUGGAAAAUAUCUGCUUGUACUAAUUGACGAAUAUUCACGUUUUCCUUUCGUAGAAGUCUUAAAUUCCAUAACAGGAAAUACAGUGAUCCCUGUGCUGGACAAAAUAUUCUCAGAAACCGGAAUUCCUGAAAUUCUCAAGUCAGACAACGGCAGUCCUAUGAACUCUCACCUAUUUAAAAGCUUUGCAAAACACAUGGGCUUCAAACAUAGGAAAAUAACCCCAUUAUGGCCACAAGCAAAUGCCGAAUGUGAGCGAUUCAUGAAAACCAUAGAAUACGCUGAUAAACGAAGAAACGCUCGGAAAACUGAAGUUAAAAUAGGCGACAGUGUGUUAGUAAAGCAAACCAAACAAAACAAACUCACAACUCCAUACGACCCUAAACCGUAUGAAGUAACCAAGAAAAAAGGAUCAAUGAUAACGGCAGAGCGAGAAGACAAACACAUCACUAGAAAUUCAUCACAUUUUAAACGUGUCGGCAACUCUCAACCCCAAAGUCUAAAUGGAAAUUCUCCUUUAAAUGUCGAGGGUGAACACAGCAAUACAGAACCAAUUUACAACGAAACGAGCAUAGAAUCACAAUCCGAUGAAAGCACAAUGUUUGAAACCUUACCUACAUCAAAUGAGUAUACCUCUUUGCGAAGAUCUGAAAGGCACAGAAAACCAUCUGACUAUUUAAAGGAUUAUAUGUGUAAAUAG